GCGUGCGCACCGCCUUGAGCCCGCCUCCAUGAAAUACUGCCGGGCGCAUGCGGCUCGGGUGGUUCAGUGGCUACCCGGGUCCCAGUGUUCGCGUUGCUCCCCUUGCUCCUUAGCAGACGACAGGAUCAGAAGCCGGCCUCAGGUCAAAAAGCAAAAUGAAGUAUAUUCUAGUUACUGGUGGUGUUAUAUCAGGAAUUGGAAAAGGAAUCAUCGCCAGCAGUGUGGGCACAAUACUGAAGUCAUGUGGUUUACACGUAACUUCAAUUAAAAUUGAUCCAUACAUUAACAUUGAUGCUGGAACAUUCUCUCCUUAUGAGCAUGGUGAGGUUUUUGUACUGGAUGAUGGUGGAGAAGUCGACCUUGAUCUGGGUAACUAUGAGCGGUUCCUGGACAUCCGCCUCACCAAGGACAAUAACGUGACCACUGGAAAGAUAUACCAGUAUGUCAUUAACAAGGAACGCAAAGGAGAUUACUUGGGGAAAACGGUCCAAGUGGUGCCCCACAUCACAGAUGCCAUCCAGGAGUGGGUAAUGAGACAAGCAUUAAUACCUGUGGAUGAAGACGGCCUAGAACCUCAAGUGUGUGUUAUUGAGCUCGGUGGAACAGUGGGAGACAUAGAAAGCAUGCCCUUCAUUGAGGCUUUCCGUCAGUUCCAAUUCAAGGUGAAAAGGGAGAACUUCUGUAAUAUUCACGUCAGUCUAGUUCCUCAGCCAAGUUCAACAGGGGAACAGAAGACAAAACCCACCCAGAAUAGCGUUCGGGAACUCAGAGGGCUUGGGCUUUCCCCAGACCUGGUUGUGUGUAGGUGCUCAAAUCCUCUUGACACAUCAGUGAAAGAAAAAAUAUCGAUGUUCUGCCACGUUGAACCUGAACAAGUGAUCUGCGUCCAUGAUGUCUCAUCCAUCUACCGUGUCCCCUUGUUAUUAGAGGAGCAGGGCGUUGUGGAUUAUUUUCUUCGAAGACUUGACCUUCCAAUUGAGAGGCAGCCACAACAAAUGCUGAUGAAGUGGAAAGAGAUGGCUGACAGAUAUGAUCGCUUGCUGGAGACCUGCUCCAUUGCCCUCGUGGGCAAGUACACCAAGUUCUCAGACUCGUAUGCCUCUGUUAUUAAAGCACUGGAGCAUUCUGCACUGGCCAUCAACCACAAAUUGGAAAUCAGGUAUAUAGAUUCUACGGAUUUGGAGCCAAGCACCUUACAGGAAGAGCCUGUGCGCUACCACGAAGCCUGGCAGAAGCUCUGCAGUGCCAAUGGAGUGCUGGUUCCAGGGGGAUUUGGUGUUCGAGGGACAGAAGGAAAAAUCCAUGCAAUCUCCUGGGCUCGGAAACAGAAGAAGCCUUUUUUGGGUGUGUGUCUAGGAAUGCAAUUGGCAGUAGUUGAAUUUGCAAGAAAUGUACUGGGAUGGCAAGAUGCCAAUUCUACAGAGUUUGACCCUAAGACCAGUCAUCCUGUGGUCAUAGACAUGCCAGAGCACAAUCCCGGGCAGAUGGGCGGAACCAUGAGGCUGGGCAAGAGGAGAACCCUGUUCCAGACCAAGAACUCAGUCAUGAGGAAACUCUACGGCGAUCCUGAUUACUUGGAAGAGAGGCACCGCCACAGAUUCGAGGUAAAUCCAGUCUUGAAAAAGUGUUUGGAAGAGCAAGGCUUGAAGUUUGUUGGCCAAGAUGUUGGGGGAGAGAGAAUGGAAAUCGUGGAGCUGGAAGAUCAUCCCUUUUUUGUUGGAGUUCAGUACCAUCCUGAGUUCCUGUCCAGACCCAUCAAGCCUUCCCCACCCUACUUUGGCCUCCUUCUGGCCUCUGUGGGGCGGCUCCCGCAUUACCUCCAGAAAGGCUGCAGGCUCUCCCCCAGGGACACCUACAGUGACAGAAGUGGGAGCAGCUCCCCUGACUCUGAAAUCACUGAAUUGAAGUUUCCAUCAAUAAAUCAUGACUGAUGGUAACGGUGAUUCUUCAGGAGAGUCUUCGGACUUAGAGAGUGUACAGCUUUUAUUUGACACUCAGCUUGACACUUCCUUUAAAUUAUGUUUUUAUUAAGAUUAUUUUGUUAUGGGGGAAGGUAUUUGGAAGACUUCGUGACUGGGACGUCCCAUCACGAGAAUCGGUUUCUACAUGGCAUGGUGUUGACGCCCCCCCUUGGCAGUCCUGGGGCCUCUCAGGUACGGAGCCAUUGUCUGGGCAGGAGCAGAUGGCGUCUGGCUGGCACAGCGCCCAUCAGUCACCUCGCUUCUCCAACUACCUCACGUCAUUGUGGAUUUGAGUGUGUAUCCAUUGCCUCCCCUUGGAUGCCUUGACCAUCAAAGAAGUGUGGACUUAGCAUGGGGAGGGAUCAUUCUACUUAGUGCUUACAACACAUGGUGCUGGAAUCCUGAGGGCAUUGCCUUUUUCCAAAGCAGUGAAACCAGAAGCAAAGCCUCUGCCUGCCCGGCACUGGCUGGUACUCAUCCAAAGAGACAGUCAGUUUGGUGUCACAUGAAGCAGCGAGAAGUGUGUCUCUCAAGUGUGAGUUUAGAAUCCCUGUCCUUGUGCUUCUCUUCCUGGGGAUUGGGAACGCUCCUUGCAUCAAGGGGUCACUUAAAAAUGAACAAAGAAUCUGUUGGGACAACUGCUUCUAGAAUCCUCUCAUGUAUAGACAGCUUUGCUCGAGGGGACUUUUUCCUCAGAAUGGUGUUACGGCAGUUGGAAUGCAAUGCGGAAAGCUGUUAUCUUAAUGUGGUGUAAUGAGGCACAGCUGUGUGCCCACUGUGUUCUGGCUGGACUCGGAGUGUACUCUAACUUAAGAAAUAAAUGAUGCAGAAUAAGA